AAGUUUCUCACUGACUUACGCCUUUAAUUGUCUUUCCGUUUGUGAGAUUUUCGAGACGUGCUAAAAACAAGAAGAAGAAGGAGAAGAAGAAGGAGGAGGAGAAGAAGAAAAAGAACAACAACACCAACAGACAAAACAAAAACAACGACAAGCGGAACAAACAACAACGACAAACAAGGAUACGAUCCUUGUAAUUCGAUACCAUCAAGUUCCGCUAGCUUGGGCCUCCUGUGUUUCUGCCCUACUCGACUCGUUUUGACUAUACCAUGACCGCGUCUACCUGGGCAAUGUUGACACGCAAGCACAAGAUGGCGUCCACCGAAACACAUUCAAACUGAACCUGGAACCAAAACACCAACAAAAUGAGGGAUUUAUUCACAAAUUUCUACGUUAUUUGGGCCCUUUUGGCUUCUUUUGUAUUAACUGUAGUUAGCUUUGAUAAUUUUAAUGAUAAUAUCUUAUUUGGAGUGACUUGGGCCGGACCGUUAACUCUGAGAGAAGGACAAGUUACACAGGAUGGCAAAGACUAUAUUAGUAGUCAUGAUUCUGUGUUUAUAAUGACUAAUAAUAAUGAAAAAUACAGAUGUUUAUUACCUUCAGAACAGAUUAAAAAUAAGUUAUAUUCUGGGGAAGAUGGAUAUGGUCCCAGUCCUGAAGAACUCCUUGCUCCAUUAGCAGAUGAAGCCAGGUGUUCGUACAGGCUUGAAGCUUAUUGGACGUAUGAGUUAUGCCAUGGGAAACAUGUUAGGCAGUUUCAUGAUGAACGGACCCAAAAGGGAGUAAAGUUACAAGAGUAUUUUCUUGGAAAAGCCUAUGUUCCUGACAAAAAAGAUAGAAAAGUGUCUGAACCAAAGCCUAUUCCUGAACCUCCAAUAACAAAUCACAAAGAUGGGAAAAAUAUAGCAAGAAAGCCACUGACAAGGAAGCUAGAAGGGCGUGACAUGCCGUAUUUUGAGGUAGUAAUGGGUAAUGGUACAACGUGUGACCUGUUAUCAGGAAAACCAAGAGAGAUCCAUGUGUUGUACUUCUGCCAUCCACAAGGCAAUAAUGAGAUCCUAUCAGUGAAGGAAAUGAGUACAUGUGUUUAUGAAAUGGAAGUAAUAACACCAAGCUUGUGCUCUAAUGAGUUCUAUAGGUUUGAAGAAGACCCUGUACACGAGAUCAGUUGUCACUCUCUUGAUGGUUCUGCAAAUCAGCCACAGAGCUAUACUCAGUUCCUAGAAGAUCAGGAUCUGGACAGAACAGGAGAAAGACAGACAAUAUUAUUUGAACAAGGAAAACCAGAGUCAGAUGAACCAGAACCAACAAAACCCACUCCAGUCACCAAACCUGUCACACCCAGGGACCAGGUACCAUUACCUGAUGAUCAGCUGACUAGGGAUUUCUUGAAUGGCGAUUACUGCUUACAAGGGGGAACUGGAUGGUGGAAGUAUGAGCUGUGUUAUGGCAAGAGAGUUCUACAGUUUCAUGUGGAUGAGGAGCAUGGUGGUCGUACAGAUGUAUUACUGGGAAAGUGGAACAAGGAGGAACAUAUUAAAUGGAUUAGAAGUAAGAAGACAAAGACAGUUGGCAGCUAUGCAGUGCAUUUGUAUUCUGGAGGUGACAUAUGUGAUCUUACUGGUAAACCAAGACAAGUACAAGUUAGACUUAGAUGUAAAGAAUCAACUCAUUUACAAGAAGUAUCACUUUACUUAAUGGAGCCAGAAGUUUGUCAUUAUAUACUAGGGGUUGAGUCUCCCAUUAUCUGUCCAUUGUUGGAAAGAAUGGACCAGGAUGGUCUGUUCCAUUGACAAUAGUAGCUGCAGUAUCCCCUAGAAUAAUAUUCUAUGCCAGAGCUAGGUAGCAAAUCAAAUCUAUAAGCAAUUCAGAGGUUGAGGAAAAAUAUGGGUUGAUUGCAAUGCAUUGGGGAGACUGUUUCAGGGGAAGAAACAUAUGACCUAUGACAUAUUUCAAUAAUACAGGGAAGACAAUGAAUAACUUCCAAUUCUAUUUGA